AACAGUACGGAUUCGAUUGUUUGUAUUGAGCAAGUCAACUUAGUCAUCACACGACUUGGCUACGCAAGAUUGGAUAUAUAUAUUUUUAACGCUGGAAAAUCUUUACAGUGAUUUUUUAGUGAAUCACGCGAGUAGAGGUUUGUACUUUUGUAUUGGCCAAAUUAUAUGCGCUUGAAUCUUAUCGCCAGGAUGGUAGUUAAACACCACGUGAAGGGUUGGGAUGAUUUCGCCAAGCUAGCCGAAAGCCUUCAAGGUAACGGCGAGCCGGUACAUGUUUUCUUCAAAGGCGAUAAGGACGAGAAGGGCGAAAGCUGGUGCCCUUAUUGCGUGAAGGCUGCUCCUGUUGUGGAUGAGGCUUUGAAAUUGGCCCCUGAAACCAGCCAUUUCAUCACGGUAGAGAUCGACCGUCCAUUUUGGAAGGAUUUGAACAACCCGUUCCGCAAAGAUCCUCGCACCAAUUUGGUUUUCUUACCGACAUUGCUGCGCUGGAGAUCCCCUCAACGUUUGGAUGGUGAGCGAGUUUCCAACCAGGAUUUGGUGGAGAUGCUUCUCUCGGACGAAGACUAAUGGGAAAGUAAAGUAGUGGAUAUCCUGAUUUUUGAUGUGCAUAUACUAUUUCGCUAUCAAUUUACUGACAGUCAUUACAUGAAAUGUGCGAUUGACAAUUGUGUUUCCAGUAGAAUAAUCUGACUUUAGUUUAUUGUAAAAAAUACAUUACGACCGGAAUGUUUAUUUUCGUCUAA